AUGGCAUCCUUCUUUGAAGAGAUAUGGAACUCCAUCUUCACCCCCGGCACCACCCCGACCCUCCUGAUUGCGACCAACGUGACGUUCGCUGCGCUUCAGGUCGUGCUGUUUGCCCUGCUGCUCGCGACUUACAGCAUCCACUUUGUAAUACUUUCCGUCCUCUGCGGAGGGUUGUGGUCUGCAAUCAACUGGUUCGCCUCGGAGUUGCAGAAGGAGCAAGCCAAGGCUGCCGAGCAGAAGGCAAAGGAGGAUGCGAUAGCUCGGCAAACGGCCGAUGACAGCGAUGAGACAGAGGUUGAGUCUGCCGAGUCGAAGAUACGGUCGCCUAUAGCGCCCGUGUCUGCAAGCAACGAGGUUGAGGUCGUGGAGCCGGCUGGUGAGCUGAAGCAGAGGCUGGACACCUCGCCGGGCUACAAGUCCGGGGUGAGCACCGAGGACGAGUGGGAGAAGGUCUCGGAGAACGAAACCGAGAAAGACAAAUAA